AAACCUAGUUUAAGUUGGCUACCUUUUCCUCCUUAAUUUAAAAGGGAUUUCUUUGAUAUUGUUAGAGUUUAUUGUAGGACAAAUCUCGGAAAAGGAAAAAAAAUAAGACUUCCUUUUUGGGCUCCUCCUUCUAUUAAUUUACAACAAAGAACUUUAAAUGAGAAAAUAUAUAAAUUAUCACAUGAAUUUAUGGAGAUUAAUUGGGAAAAAGAUAAACCUAAUACAAAUGUUUGGGAUAAUCAACUUUAUGUAGAAGAGAGAUAAAAAAUACUUAUGAAAUUCGAAGAGGCUCAAAAUUGUACUUUUAAUCCAUGUGUAGGCUAUAGAAUGUCCAAAAGAAGAAAAGCUGUAUUUGAUUAAGUCAGAAAAGAACUUUCCAGUAAUAUCGCUUUUUUGGAAAAACCAGGUGGAUUUGAUGAAGCUGUUAAAAAAAUGGGUGAUAAUUUCUAAUCGAAGUUUCCUUGGCUAUUCAAAAAAGGGAUAAUUAAAAAAUGUUGGUUUUUAAUUUAAAAUGAAUAGUUUGCAGAUGCUUAUUCCGCUUUAUGCGAUAGAUUUCAUAUAAAAUGCAUUAUUUAACAUUUUAAUCCUAAUGUAACUAAAUUUCUUCAGGAUGAUCCUACUUCUAUGUUUAGUUUUGAGAAAAUGGGAAAAAAGGAAUUAUAAGAAGAAAAGCUUCCUAAAGAAAAUUUCGAUAACCCUAAAAAUAAGGAACUUUUACAAGAAGUUUUUUAAUAACUGAUGUAUAUGGAAGCAUAUGAAAGAGAUAUUAUUAAAAAAAUUCAUUUGUUUGAAUAAAGAUUACCUGAAGAUAAAAAAAAUAUUAUUACUUAAUAUAAAAUUAAAAUGAAGAAAGCUUCUUAAUAAGAAAUCAAUAAUUAAGAAAAUUAGUAAAAGGAUUAGAAAGAAGAAAAAAGACAAUAACUUGAAAAUAUGCUUAAAUAAUCUUAAGAUUAAUAAUAAAGCAAAAAAUAAAAAAGUUUGCACAAAAAGAAUUAAGUAAAAAAAUUAUUAAAAAGUAAUAUACGAAAUUAAAAAUAUUAAACUAUAUAGUAAGAAUUAGAAUCUCAAAGUAAAUUUUCAACAAGUAAAUUCUCAAACAUUACAGUUUCAACAUAUGCAUCUCGAAGAGAAUUAGUAAAAAGCAUAAUGUGUCCAUUAGGGAAUAAAUGUCCAGGUAUAGUAGGACCAAGAUGGCAUAUAAGUAAUGUUAAAACAUGUGUUCCAAUAGGAGCUAAUUGCCCGUUUGCCCAUACUAUAUAAGAAUUGAAAUUUUAAAAAGAAAUAGAAUCAAAAAAGCAAAUAUUGUUCAAAUUUUUAAUGACUGUUGCUUAAAAGGGAAUGUAAUAACCAAAAUAAAAAGCUUGGAAUCCUGCAGGAAAUAAAUUUUAAUUAUGUUUAGGCUGUAGUUAAAAAACUGCUUGUUCUGAAUGCAAAUUCAGAACAAAAAAUAAAGACAUUAUUUUAUAAUUGAGUAAGUUUACUAAAAUUUCAAAUCAGAAAAUCUUCUAAAGAAAAUCUUUUAAAGAAAAAUAAAUAAAUAAAUAGAUUGCAUGCGAUUCUUUGAAUUUUAAAUUAGGCUGUUUAUAAAAAGCGGCUAUAUUUUACAAAUUAUAAAGAUACAAUGAAGCUUUUGAUGUAAUUAGUAAAGCAAUAGAUGUAGUACAAAAUGAAGUAGAAAAAGAAAUACAUGAUAGUGAAAAACUAUAAGAAAAAUGGAAAAAGCAAUUACAACUAGAAUCUUAUGGAAAUGAAAUAACUGCUGAUACAAUAUUAUUAGCUUAAACAUAAAAAAGUGAAGAAAAAACAGAAGUUUAAAAACUUCAUUUAUAUGGUAUAAAAACAGGGUUAAUAGGUUAAAAGAAACAUAGCGCUAAUGAAUUUAUAAACUAUUAAAUCGAAGAAAUGUAUAAGAAAAUAGAACUAAAAUUAAAUCACGGUGAUUCAAAUGUUAAUUUAAUGAAAAAGAAAAUCGGAGAGCUCGAAGAACUUUAAGAAAUGGUUGAGUAAAGGGAUGCUAAUUAAGAUUUUGGUGAUGAAAUUUAACCUGUAGAUAUAAAUAUAGACAUCGAAAAUAUGGAUAAAGAAGAAGUUGAAGACAAAUUAAGAGAAAAAAGGUUAAAAAUAACUCUAAACAAGGCGAAAACGAAGAUGUGUCCGACUUUAAAAACAUCUGGAAGAUGUCCUAGAGGCAAAAAUUGUAGAUAUGCGCAUUCUGCGAAUGAACUUUUAUUAGUCCGUCCUGAAAAACUAAUAAAAAAUUUAAAAAAUGCAAUAGUAGAAUGUGAAAAAAUUAAACUUUUUAAAUUCUGGAAUCCUUCAGGAGACUAAUUUGAGCCUUGUUAUGGACGCGGAUUAUGUAAUUUCUGUAAAAUGGAAGAAACCAAUAAAGAAAUAUUUAAUUUAUUUAGAUUAGCUUCUAAAAAAACAAACGAAAAAAUCAGAAAAAAAGAAAAUUAUUUAUCUAAAGUUAAAUAAAAAAAAAAAAGACAUGUUAUUUCAGAUAAAAAAAAACAUCUUUUAAAUAAAACUAAUAUUUUAUUAAUUUAAGGAUAACAUAAUAAGGCUUUCGAAAUUAUUUUAAAUGCAGUUAAAUUAGUUGAUGUUAAUUAUAAAAAAGAUGACUAAUUAAAUUAUUAAAUAGAAUAAACAUAUCUUAGUAUAAAAAAAUAUCUAGAAACCAAAUAUAAAGACCUUGUUUAUUUACAUUUUAAUAUUGAUGAGCAAUAAAAACUACUUGAAUAAGCUGAAAUUGUUGAUAAAAUUGAUAGAAUUGAUAUAGCUGAAAAAACCGAAAAACAAAAUGAAGUUAAAAAAACGAAAAGUUCUUAUAUUUAACAGUAAUAUAGAAGAAGCAAAUAAGGUAAUAAACAAAGUAUCUGA